UUUCCAUGUGUUUAUAAAACAAAAAGCACGUGGUUACUCGGUGACUACUUUCCUAACGAUUUAUUAAUAAUAAUUUGUUUUAAAAGAUUUUAAUUGAGUUUAAUAUCAUGAGCGAGACUAAGAAACAACUCAAAACUGCUGCUGCAAGUGAAAAUUUAAAAUCUGAUGUACCAAGUGCGGGAACGACCAAUUCAUUGAGCGUAAUUGCGGCAACUUAUGAUGAUGACUGUGAUAGUGAUGAUCAAAACAGUUAUCAAAGUGCUGAUAGCAGGGAACAGUCAAAUCCGACAGUCGUUGGUAACCAAAUGAUAGUUUCCAAUGAACAGGUGAUAAAUUCAGAUACAGACACAGCUAAUGCUGGUCUUCAAGUCCCAGUAUACAACCCAGAACUAGUUAUUACUGAAAGAAUAGUUACUGAUGACUCAGAGCCAGUUAUUGUCAAAGAGCAAGUUACGAUUCCUGAUCCAGGCCCAUCUGUAACCAAGAAAAUAACUGAUCCAGAGCUGACUAUCAUCAGAGAACAAAUAACAAUAUCAGAUUCUCGGAAUAAAAAUUACAGGGUUCAAGAUUCAGAUAACUCUGACAGUGAAGACGACUCUAGUUCCAGUGAUAGCAGCAACAGCAGUAGCAGCAGCAGCAGCAGCUCUUCUUCGGAUUCUGAUGAUGACCACGAUAGUGAUGGCACUAAGAAACAAAGCUCCAAUAAAAACAGGAAGAAGAAAGGUAACCCUGAGAGAGGAGAAUAUGAUGACUUGCCACCAAUUGAAAACGUGCAGAUAUCAGUACCAGAAGUACUGUGUGAUCCUAUGGGCGAAGUCGGUUGGAUAGUAGAGCAAAUGGUUGUAGUGACCCCAAAAGCUAACAAACCGACUCUUAAUUUUGACACGAUGUUAUUUGUGGACAAAGGUAAGCGUGCUUUGGGACGUGUGUUCGACGUAUUUGGACCAGUGACCGAGCCUCAUUACUGCGUUAGAUUUAAUAACGCUCAGCAUAUAAAAGAGAGUGAUAUUAAAGUUGGUAUGACAGUUUAUUACUGUCCCAAUACCCCUUAUACAACUCUUGUAUUCAUGACUGACCUUCUCAAAAUAAAAGCCACUGAUGACGUAGGCGAAGACGAGCAUCCAGAAUUUUCGGAUGACGAGCAAGAAAAAGCAUACUUCGCUUCUCUUAAACAGAGACAACGGAAUAAUAGUAGUAGUGGUAGUAGUAAUAAUAAUAAAAAAAGUAAUGAUACUAAUAGAAGUACUCCGUCGUCAAAGCGUCAGAAGAAAAAUGAUGGAUGGAAGUCACAGCAUCCUUGGAGCAGUGCUAGAAAAACGGGAGCAGUAUCACAAAAUAAUUAUUGGUAUCAGCAACAAGCUCAAGCCCAAGCUCAAGCUCAUUUUUACUCCCAGCCACAACAAAAUACGUGGGCGUCAUACCCAAGUAAUGUCGGUGGUAAUCCUUGGGAUCAUUACUCGUAUCAAAAUUGGUUUUCACCUCAAUCCCAGUAUUCACCAGCGACUUCAUAUCAGCCGAAUGUCGAUUUAACGCCACCGCCCGGACCUAGUUUUCCGUGGCAAGCAAAUUCGACCUUUACACCCACGCCUACGAAUGUACCCUGGCACAUGCCACCCCCACCCCCACCUCCUCCUUCUUAUUUACCGUCAACUCAACAGCCUCAAUCUCCAUCAUCUCCAGCUACGUAGAUCGUACCUUUGAAUACGUACUCAGUUAUUUUGUAAUUAUAAUAAUAAUCAUAAUGAUAAUUUGAUAAAUAUAAAUAUAUAUUAUAUAUUUUUA